AUGGAUCGAACUUUUCAGGAUUACGAUCAAAGCUUGCUCGAUUUGGAGGAGCAAAGGAGAAGUAUGGAGCUGCUGAUGAAGAAAAUGGGUCAAGAAUGGGAAAUAAGUGGCGCUGGUAUUGGUUGGAUGGGCGACAUCUCGUCCACACAAGCAAAUGUGCCAAGUGUGGAGGCCCGACAAGAACUCCAGACGGUGAUUACUGCCGCCAAGCUUACGGCGAUGAGCCAGCAACACACUCAUAACUAUUGUGAGAAUACUUCUCCCGACUUCCUUCAAACCCUCAUGAACAUGAAUGAAUCCCUCCUUAAUCAAAGUGCGGCCGAU